AUGUCUCAAUCUUCCGGUUUCGCUCAGUUCAAAAACAAAAUUGCUGAUACUGUGAAAACAAGAUCAAAAUCUAAGAAGGAAGGAACAACUGUUGUGGUCGAUGCGACGCCCAUAUCAAGUAUCCCUGCAACUAGUUCUAAGAAGAAGAAAUCUGCAAAAUCCACUAAGAAAGUAAGUGAAUCGUCUCCUUCAAUUUCUAUUAAGUCUGAUACUAUUAAGUCUAAGAAGAAGAAACCCCAAUCUCCCGUAAAAAGGGGUUUGAGCAUGUCUGAUCUAUACUUGAGUAAGAAUCCUUCUGAAACUGCGAAUGUGGAAUCGCAUGAUGUUGCCUCCGGCAAAAAUGCGAAUGUUGAAUCGUCUAAUAAAGCAAAUGAAGAAAGUGUUAAGCCUGUUUCUGAAAAGGUGAAUCAAGAAACCCUUUCUGCAAAGGAAAACCCUAGUUCUGUUGAAACCCUAGGAAAAACCCAAAAUGUUGCUGAGAAUGUUUUUGUGACCAAUAAUCCUAGUGUUCCUGAGAAUAUGACAGUUCCCACGAAUGUCAUAACUGAUGUUGCUGAAAAAUCUCAAGAAAAGGCUGUUGUACCGAUGCGCCAACCGAUUGGAUCUAAUACUGAAGCCUCCACUGAUGAGGAAGUAAACAAAGAAAGUACUCCUGAACAUGUGGCUGAUUCUGAGCCAGAGAAUGAAGCUGGUGAGGAUUCUGAGAAAACCACCAAUGAACAACAGAACAUAGUGGAUGUUGAUGAAGUUCCCUCUGAAGAAGAUCUGCAACCUCCACCUACUCAGAAAGGAAUUGGAAGAAGACUGAGAAGCAGGACCACUACACCUGCACCUGCUGUUACCACUACCCCUGUUGCCACCAAGAAAACAAAGGACACUACUUUGAAGCCUGUCAAGUAUGGUCCUAAGAAAGAAUGGAGCAAGUCUAUACCUCCUCCUGAGAAGAAAAAGGGUGUGCUGAAAAGGAAGAGUGCACCAUCAAGUGACUCUGAUUUUGAAGCUGAAAAGGAUGACUCAAGCAUCAAGCCUCCUGCUAAGAAGGCUAUGUCUGCUAAGAAGGCCAUGCCUCAAGCUGCUGCUCCUGACACUGAAGACUUCCCUUGCAAAGAUAUUCUGGAAUGUGAAGAGAUUGUGAGUUUGAUCAAUGAUGCUGGAUUGAUCAAAACUGUGUGGGGCUUAGGCUCUUGCUAUGAGAAGCUGGUUAGGGAGUUUGUUGUCAACAUUCCUAUAGGUUGUGACAAUCCCUUGGACAAAGAAUAUCAGAAGGUAUAUGUUCGAGGAAAAUGUGUGACAUUCUCUCCAAGUGUGAUCAACAAGGUGCUGGGUAAUGCUGAUGAUCCUCACCCUGACAUAGAUGUAUCUAACAAUGUGGUCUGCAAAACUAUCACAGCUGAAAAGGUGAAAACCUGGCCCAAGAAGGAGAAGGUACCUGCAGUCAAGCUAACCCAAAAGUAUGCCAUCUUGAAUCGUAUUGCAUCUGUCAACUGGGUUGCUACUACACAUGCAUCUGACAUUGCCACAAAUCUGGUUGUGCAGCAUGCUAAGACCUCUGUCACCAAGCAACCCAUUGCAUUUCCAACUUUGAUCUGUGACAUCAUCUUGUCCCAACAUCCUAAUAUAAGGCAUGAGGGUGAGACUGCUAAGAAAAGGGCAACUCCUCUGGCCAUUCAUCAAAAGCUGUACAGUAAACAGCAUGCUCCAGAUAUUGUUGGACCAUCAAAUGCUGCUGCUGACAAGGAAGGAGAUGAUUGCUAUGCUGGAAGCAAACUGGUUGAAGAGGUUGCAGCUCAAGCAGCUAAUGCAGGUGAUGAUGGUACUAGUGGUGAAGAAGAAGCUGACUCAGAUGCUGAAGGAGAAGAAAGUGAUUCCUCCCCAAGUGCUUCUGUGUAA